GCUUUGGCUGCAGUAUGACUGAAGUACAGUUCACCAACAUACAGAGGUUACUGGAGGCAGCUGCGUAUUUAGACAGGAGAGAGAGGGAAUGCGAACAUGGAUACGCCUCAACUUUACCUGGUCCGCAGAGCCCACACCAGCAAAGACAACGCAAAUUCAGAAACAGAAAAAUCGAUAAUAGCAGGUACAGAUCAACACACAAUGAGCUUGAAAAGAACAGGCGUGCUCAUUUGAGACGUUGUCUAGAGAGACUUAAAGCCCUGAUCCCUCUUGGUCCAGACUGUAAUCGCCAUACCACUCUGGGCCUGCUCAACAAAGCCAAGGCCCAUAUUAAGAAGUUGGAGGAGGCGGAAAGGAAAAGUCAACACACGUUGGACAAUUUGGAGCGUGAGAGGAGGCAUCUCCUGAGACAGUUGUCCCUGCUCCAGGGUGACAGAGGGAGUACGGACACACAUGGCCCGGUAAAGAGGGAAAGGGAACGAAGACGUCUGGGGAGCGGUGGUUCUACACCAGGAUCUGACCAGUCGGACUCAGAGAGAGAAGAGAUAGAGAUUGAUGUUGAGAGUACGGAGUUUUCUCCUGCGGAGCUGGACAGUGUCGGCAGCAGCUGCAGUGAUCUGGAGGACAGCAGCAGCAGUAGGCAGAGCAUGACCAGUGAUGAAGGCUAUUCGACUGGCAGCUUUAAACUCAGUCUGUAAAAAAAAAAAAAAAAAAAAAACUUCAA